AUGGAGGUCGGUGCUUAUACCUCAAGCGGCAAAGAGCACUUAUCCUCAAAUCCGCGCAGACGCACACAGCAAGAAUUCGACUCUCAUCCUGCCAUUCCGAUGAACCAAAAGAAAUCACAAGAACACAAGGCACAUCAAUAUAAAGUGAUGAAAGUCGGAGAAGCUUAUAAAGCAAGUGGCGAAGAUAACUUAUUAGCCUCAAACCAUCGUCGUCGCUCACUGCAAGAGUUCGACUCUCGUCCAACCCUGAAUCAAAAGAAAGAUCAACAACACGAUGAAAAUCAAUCUAAGGCCUUGGUUCUCAACAAUUCCAGGCCGGUGUGGGAUUGUGGCAGCUCACUCUACGACUCGGUAGAGCUCGACUCGUUCAAGCGCCAAAUCGACUCGGCCAUAUCAUGCAGAACCAUGUCAAUGCCUCAUCUGUCUGAUCGCCGAGUUCUUCCUCCUGCUGCUCCUCCUUCACAGCCAGCCAUAACAGCCUCCGACAAAAAACCCUCGUCAAACAAGCUCUCUCGCUCGAUUCAGAAGCUUCUGAGGUCCGUGUUCAAGCCAAAUAAAUCAAGCAACAGCAACAGCAACAGCAACAACAACAACAAUUCUGGUGUCGUUUUUAGAGUACCAGAUCAUCCGCAGGCCAACAUCAAGGAAGGGUUUUUUGUUGUGUACGACAAGACAGGUGCACUUACGACAAUUCCUGAGGUGGUUCCUCAUGAGUUUGAUUUCGGUGGUCUCUCCCCGGAGAUUGGGGCGUUGGUCAGGAGGACAACCUCGGAGCGAUUUACAGCUACUAGUACUUCUAAUAUUGGUAUUUCAUGUGCUUAA